UCUCUACCAAACACAGAGAAAUAGUUGCGCGUGCGCAGUGCGGUCGCCUCGGUGCCCUGUACAAGAUGUCUGAGCAGGCGGGAGGAGAGGGAGGAGGACCGACGGUACCAGCAGAGCCCGCAACAAUCCACUACACAUCAACUACUUAACCCCGCAAGCUGUUUUACUGAGGGCCGCUGAGAUGUCCAACGAGAGUCCAACUUUGGUAAAGGGGGAGGGGCCUGUGACCCUGUCACCGUCUGGCUCCACCCCCUCACAGGGCUCGCCCCUCUCCCCUACCAGCGCCUCCAAAGGCCCCGAGCUGCCAGAUGAGUUGCUGCAGGCAGGCUGGGGUCGGUGCUGGUCCAAGCGGGAGAACCGUCCAUAUUAUUUUAACCGCUUCACUAACCAGUCCCUGUGGGAGAUGCCGGUCCUGGGGCAGCACGACGUCAUCUCUGAUCCAUUAGGUCUCAAUGCGGCCCCGGAGGAAGGAGCAGAUUGUAACCUAGGCAACGGGCAGAGGAAGAGGAGGAUAUCUGAAGAGCAGGGGGCGGAGGCUAACAAUUUUAAACGAGCCAAGGUCGAGCCGACGACUCCCAUCUCCCCCAGCGCACCGGGGGCCAAGCCCUGGAACUCCGCCCCCGACGACAAGCAGAGCCAACCGGCAACCCCCAGCACUCCCAGCACUCCCAGCACCCCAGGCACCCCGGGUGCUAAACCCUGGAGCUCCGCCCCUGAGGACAAGCAGAGCCAAUCCGCACCCAGUGUAGCUCCUGGCCCCUCCCCUGCACCAUACAGACCUGCAGUUGUCUACUGGGACUUGGACAUCCCCACCAACGCGGUGAUCCGAGAGAGGCCCCCGGACCCCCAGCUGCCCCCCCACCCGGAGGUGGAGCUGCAUCGAGCUCAGCUGGUCACCAAGCUACGUCAGCACUACCUGGAGCUGUGCCACCAGAGAGAAGGUAUCGACCCUCCCAGGGAGUCGUUCAACCGCUGGCUGUUGGAGAGGAAGGUGAUCGACAAGGGGGGGGACCCCCUGUUGCCUAGCGACUGUGACCCUGUCAUCUCCCCGUCCAUGUUCAGAGAAGUGAUGAAUGACAUUCCAAUCAGGUUGUCUCGCAUUAAGUAUAAGGAAGAAGCCAGGAGACAGCUGUUUAGAUAUGCAGAGGCCGCCAAGAAGAUGAUUGACUCCAGGAAUGCCCCCCAAGACAGCAGGAAGGUGGUGAAGUGGAACACUGAAGACACAAUGAGCUGGCUGCGCCGCGACCACUCAGCCAGCAAGGAGGAUUACAUGGACCGUCUGGAUCACCUACGGAAGCAGUGCGGGCCUCACGUGACGGCGGUGGCUAAGGACUCGGUGGAGGGAAUCUGCUCCAAGAUCUACCACAUCUCUGCAGAGUACAGCCGGCGCCUCAAGGCUGCCCACACCGCCUUGAUGAAGGAAUGCAACCUUUCAGAGGGCUGUGAGCCCCCGGAGGUCCAGGACCGGCUGGUGUACUGCUACCCGGCCCGCCUGGCGUGGCCCUCGCCCCCCCAGCCCCGCGUGGAGCUCCACUUUGAGAACGAGGUGGCCUGCCUGCGCUACAAGGGAGAGAUGGUGAAGAUCAACAGAGGACACUUCAGCAAACUGGAGCUGCUAUACCGGUACAGCUGUAUCGACGACGCUCGCUUUGAGAAGUUCCUGUCCAGAGUCUGGUGUCUCAUCAAACGCUACCAGGUCAUGUUUGGCAGUGGGGUCAACGAGGGGACGGGCCUGCAGGGGGCGCUGCCCGUGGCGGUGUUUGAAGCGCUGAACAAACAGUUUGGCGUUUCCUUUGAAUGUUUUGCGUCUCCUCUCAACUGCUACUUCAAACAGUUCUGCUCCGCCUUCCCCGACACCGACGGCUUCUUCGGCUCUCGAGGGCCGUUCCUCAGCUUCCGUCCCGCCAGCGGCUCCUUCGAGGCCAACCCACCCUUCAGCGAGGAGCUCAUGGACGCCAUGGUGACACACUUUGAGGAGCUCCUGGACAGCUCCACCGAGCCGCUCUCCUUCAUCAUCUUCGUCCCUGAGUGGCGCGACCCCGCGACCCCGGCCCUCAUCAGGCUGGAGGCCAGCCGCUUCCUGAGGCACCAGCUCACCGUGUCGGCCUACGAACACGAGUACCGCUCGGGCAGCCAGCACAUCUGCAAGAGGGACGAGAUGUACUACAAGGCGGUCCACGGCACGGUCGUGUUCUUCCUGCAGAACGCGGCCGGUUUUGCCAAGUGGGAGCCGAACGCCGAGCGCCUAGCCGAGAUCACGUCGGCCUAUCAGAGCAGCUCCUCCCGGCCGGGCCCCGCCCCCGCCGCCCCCACGGGGGACAAAGACCCCGCCCCCAAAGCAGCAACAACAACAACAACAACAACGACGACCGCAGCAACAGAACGGACAACUAGUGUGGAGUCACCUGGUCCCCAUGACAACAACAACAACACCAACAACACCAACAGUAGCUCACUAGAGAAGUCUUCUAGUGAUUAAUAUUUGGCUGACCUAGGAACUGCCCUGUUGUCCACACACACGCACACACACACACCACACACCACACACCACACACCACACACCACACACCGCACACACCCUCUGGCCGAGGACCUGAUUGAGGCCAUGGUGGAUCCUGUACAGUAGCUGAACAUGAACAUGAUGUUCGUCCAUUAUUCUCUUUCUCAUCAAAUUGGAAUUGCUUUAAUUUAACACUUUUUUUCUAAAGAAAAAAAAAAAACAUGACUGUAUCAUAGAGCCUGAAAUAUAGUUUGUUUAAACAAAACCAAAGUGUUAAGAAUGAUAUAUAUGUAUAAAGCUAUAUAAUGUCAAAGUAGA